AUAACCUGUUGGACCUCAAUCAUGUCAUGCAAAUAUCUCAACUAAUUGUCCCAUGAUUGAUUACACCUGUUAAUUAUUACGUUAAAUUUUACAAAAGUUGGGGGAUGAAUUGUAUGCAAGAUACUUGAGCCCAUCUCAGUCGUUCAUUUUGGGUGAAGAGUUGUGGAAGUCAUUCGGGACAGCAUAUAAUCAUGAAAUCGAUCCUUUUCCUUGUUGCGUCAGUCGUGGCACUAACAACCGUUGCACAGGGUCGUGUGGCCGUUACUAAUCAAAAUUACACGAUUCCAUCUGCAAAGGUAUGGUUGGUGCAGACGAUAACGUUCAGCUAUGUCAACCGUUUGCUGGAAGAGCUUCGGGACAACAUGUAUGCAUCACCUGGGGAAGCAAUGGCUUCCAUAAUCCCUCCAAUUGAUGAUCCCCUUAUUGUAGCACCCGUAGAAAUACCGGUUGAAAUCCGUUUUGACAUUGAUGGUAAACCCAUCAGUGUCACGGGACUGUUAGCCUUAACGGAUGACACGGAAGUUACCGGUCUAGGCAAUUUGGAAGACAACUUUGAAUUAAGUCUACAGCUUCCUCCUUAUAAGGCAGCCUGGGAUGUGACAAUCCCUUCGAUCAAUGUGAAUGGAUUGUAUAAUAUGGAUUUAAUCCUUGACCUUGGAACACCUCACUCGGUAACAGGAAGUGGAGCCCUUACUGCGUCUGUGACGGAAGUAUUUUUGCAUAUAGUGGCCACCCUGAAGGUGGUUGGCAACUUGGGGGUUCGUGAAUUGGAGUUAGACCUUGGCUUUAAAGGAUUGACCUUGGAUGGAGGAGAAGCACAUGUGGAUGAAACGCCAAUCAAUUGGGAAAGUGUGGGGAACAACCUGCAAACUUGGUUUGAUACGACGUGGACAAAUAAUCCCGAAGUGAAAGGCAUAAUAACUGAAGCUGUUCGAUGUUCUGUAGACCAUGUAAUCAACAGCUGCACAUUGAUCGGACUACCCCUCGACCCAUCGUGCCUGAAAAUUGAACUAAAUAUGGACUGUUUGCUACCACCAACUACAGACCCCACUGAACCACCAACUACAGACCCCACGGUCCCACCAACUUCAGACCCCACUGAACCACCAACUACAGACCCCACGGUCCCACCAACUUCAGACCCCACUGAACCACCAACUUCAGACCCCACUGAACCACCAACUACAGACCCCACUGAACCACCAACUACAAGCCCCACUGUUGCACCAACUACAAACCCCACUGUUGCACCAACUACAGACCCCACUGUUGCACCAACUACAAACCCCACUGUUGCACCAACUACAAACCCCACUGUUGCACCAACUACAAACCCCACUGUUGCACCAACUACAAACCCCACUGUUGCACCAACUACAAACCCCACUGUUGCACCAACUACAACCCCACUGUUGCACCAACUACAACCCCACUGUUGCACCAACUACAAACCCCACUGUUGCACCAACUACAAACCCCACUGUUGCACCAACUACAAACCCCACUGUUGCACCAACUACAAACCCCACUGUUGCACCAACUACAGACCCCACAACGACCACAGCUCCUACAACAACGUCUUCAGGAUUUUCAACUAUGUCUAGCUCAAUCAUAAUCAUUAUAGUCAGUAUAGUUGCAAGAUUCUGCUAGCUUCAAGUUGAAAUUAUGGCAUGCACUUAUGUACCUGUACAGUAUUUUGAUGCCUUUUCGAAUAAAUUGAAGUGAUAUACAUGUAUAUAUAUCUA